AUGUCGACAAUACUCCGUACCGCCCGCAACUUGUGGCGGAUUGGCUUCAAAGAAUAUGGCCACCAAAUGCAGUAUAUUGGCGAUACCAAAGCUGGGACGUUGAUAGCUACAGACCGAUACGGAAACAAAUAUUAUGAGAAUAUGGAAGAGCUACCGCUUCGAACGCGCUGGGUCGACUAUACACAGAAAGAAUUCGACGCAUCCCAAAUUGAUGUUGGCUGGCACGCAUGGUUAGCCUAUAUGGUCGACAAGCCUCCAACUCAAGAUGCAAUCUUGCAAGCCGGCGUGCGAUCAUGGGAACUGCCGGAGCACCGACCAACUAUGACCCUAACUCGUGGCGCGUACAAACCAUAUUCCACCGUGAGGCCGAAAUAUUCUGCUUGGAAGCCCGUUGCAGUACCCAGAUAA